UCGGGUAUCAGAGGCCCGUAUCCUUCUGGGCCCCUAUGGGGACAUCUGUAUUCUUUACAGGGGUAGGCGACCCCGUGGAUAAUUGCACGUCACAGUGCAUACAUAAAUGCGCACGUCCAUGCAUUCACAUGUGUUGCUGACUCGGAGAUAAGUCGGGACGUUGAGAUAGUAUAAAAGUUAUUUUCCACGUCUGGAGAAAAGUCGCAAACAAUAUUGAAUCGUUAUCAUUACGUAAAAAUAGACAAUGCCCACACGAUUCCCCUCGUGCAAAUCAAAUGUGUUAGAGCAAUAAUCAUUCGUUGCUGCUUCAUCUGUUUUCUGUCAGUUGUAUACCUGCUCUUCCUAUUUGUUCUCUGUGCAAACAAUUUCAACGAAAAUGUCAGCAACGUUAAGUUCACAGGAUACUAUUUCUGGUUUGCUGGAUAUCACGACUCCCCUAAAUAGUGCCUUCAAGGGGAUUUAUAUGCGGAGUUAUGCUUUCGUUACGAUGAAAGAUCGACUGCCUGGAAUCUUAACUAAAGUGACCGAUAUUUUAAGUCGAGAUAAAGAGGAAAUAGGCAGCAAAUACGGGAAGGAAUCGCUGGAGGAAUUGAAAGAUGUUAUAGAACGUAUUAAUGAAUUGAAAAAUGAAAUCGUCACAAAUAAACCACUGAAGCCGUUAACUCCUGUUCCCGAUGAUGGCAAUGAUGAUUCUAAAAUAUGGAAUAACUAUCUUGAAGAAACUACCAAAAGAGAGGGGCAGGUUCCUAAUUGGUUUCAAGCAACCUGGCUGUAUAGCGAGGGUUACAUGUAUCGCAGGCUUGCACAGGAGUUCGCCCUCACGUAAGAUACUUGUUAAUAUUGUA